GACAGUGUGAACACUUCAACAGCACCGGCUGUAUUGGCGGCGCCUGCAGUCGGAGAAUUUCGCAGCAGUUUUGAGCGUAUAAAGGGCAAUCAGCGCCAAACGCGAAACAGUAAAAUCGAAAUACUUAAUGUGAGGCGAACAGAGAGAUCACACAUAACAUGACGACGAACAAGAGCAAUCUUCCCACGAUCCACCACCUGCAGCUGUUGGUGCUGCUGCCGCUCGUGCUCUUGGCAGCCUGGCAGGUGCUGUGCGCCUGUCCCGGCGCCGAUGCCAAGCACUUGGCCGACCGUCACGGAUCGUACGACCGCGCUGUGGAGACCCAAACGCACGUCCACCGGCACACUAGUGACGUUACACCCGGUAUACGCCGGAAGCGGCAUCUGUCCGACUGGCUAAUAGCCCCAAAUACACGCUGGUGCGGACGCGGUAACCUGGCCAAUGGCACCUACAACGACCUGGGUGGCGCUUCCAAGGCGGACAAGUGUUGCCGGAAGCACGACCACUGCAAGAUGUGGAUCGAUGGGAUGUCGAAUCGCUAUGACCUCUUCAACUAUCGACCGUAUACGCUGUCCCACUGCAGUUGCGAUUUGCGCUUCCGCACCUGCCUCAAGAUGGCCGGUGAUGAGGACGCAAACGCUAUUGGCAAGCUAUUUUUCAAUAUCGUGCAGACGCACUGCUUCAGCCUCAAGGCGGAGACGGUAUGCGUGAAGCGAGGCGGCACCGGCAAGGAGUCUGAUCCCUGUGAACGCGAGGAGGUGCGCCACAAGGCCUACCUUCGGAGUAACAAGCGGUUCUAAGCGUCCUAUUUAAGUUGCCGCAGAAGUUAAUCCCAACAACUGAAGUAUCCCCGGAGGAGUCACCUUGUCCAAUUAAGGAGCGACCAACAAAUCGCUGCGCAAUGCUGCAAUUGAGUUUGAAACUUAAAUGAAAGCCAUGGCAUUGCGAAACUUCAUGCAUUGGAGCAAGAGGGAGAGAUAGUGGAGCUGGAGAAGGUGUUAAAGCUGGAGCUGUCCGAGACAUUUGUCUAUGUAUUAAGCUAUAUACAUACUAUAUACACCUGCAAGUGCUAUUAUAAUGCGUAGUGGUAGUCGCUACAGUCACCAAAUUCUAGUUUAGGCCAAAAGGUUCGAAUACAUUUACAUUAUACGUAUAUAGGCUGCCAGAAAACAAAGUUUUUAAAUUAACUGUAGUAUAUAGAACAUAUAUAGCCUGUAGUAGACCCCUUAGACUCCUUAGUAAGCAGUAUAAUACGUAUGUAAACGUAGUCGUAGUAAUGUUGUAAUUAAUAAAAGGAAUUUCCAAAGAUCAAAUAAA